AUGGCAUCACAAUCUCUGGAAACCAAGCCAGGCCAUGCCAGCAGCUCAACGGUGCCCAUUUUGCUUCUCAAAACAAGGUCGACACCAAGCGAUGCCUACGAGGAAGCCCUCAAAGCUGCACAACCCAAGAACGGGCCGCCCGGUCGAAGGUUUGAUCCUCAAUUUGUCCCCGUGUUACGGCAUCGCCUGAAUGACAGCGGGAUCCAGAAAACGAGGUCCCUGCUUCAGGCGAAUGAGAUCGGCGACAGACCAGGAUGCAAGUAUGGAGGAAUGAUAUUCACGUCCCAGCGAGCCGUGGAAGCGUUUGCCAAAGUGGUCAAUGGUGAGAGAGAACGAAGUGGAAGGCGUCCCUUUCUUCAAAACACGCCAAUAUACAGCGUCGGGCCUGCGACUACCCGGGCGUUGAGUGCUAUCCAAGUAGAGCCUCCGUUGCAAAUAUUUGGCCAACACACGGGCAGCGGAGAGGCUCUGGCAGCAUAUAUCCUGGAGCAUUACGGACACUGGUAUCGCGAUCGCGAGGUCCGGCCUCCGCUCCUGUUCCUGGUCGGUGAGCAGCGCCGCGACGUCAUCCCCAGAGUCCUGAUGAACCCCAGUUUGCCCCGGGGCGAAAGUGUCAUUGUUGACGAAGAGGUCGUCUAUGGCACUGGCCUCAUGGAGUCAUUUUCAGAUGAAUUCCAAUCCGUACUGAGUGACACCCAACACGAAUCCGAGCGGUGGGUUGUCGUAUUCUCCCCCACGGGAUGUGACACCAUGCUUCGCGGGCUGGGUCUGCUCAACGAAAGCGAUGGGAGAGUCGAUUUGGAACGCAGGGAUGGCAAGACUUUUAUUGCGACAAUCGGCCCAACAACAAGGGCGUGCUUGGUCACCCGCUUCGGGUUCGAGCCAGAUGUGUGUGCCGACUCACCCAGCCCGGAUGGAAUCUUGCACGGUAUCACGAAGUUCACAACAAGCCGCGCCUAA